AUGGAGCCGACGGACACAGCAUCUAUUUCCAGCCCGACGACAGGCUCUAUUGCAGAAGGAACCAACACUACUUUACCUGAAAUGGCAGCCGCCAGCAGCGAUACUCAGGCUCAAGAUGAAGUGGCCCUCCUCAAGGCGGCAUUAGAAGCCGCAAUGAAUCAGAUUGUCGUUCUGGAAGCUCGACUGGAGCUUUCUGAAAGCGCUGCUCCACUAUCCUCAACCGAAGAGUCUACAAAUGAUCCCAACGAAAAUUCUAUGAACCGUUCGACACAAAUUCAAGAACCGGACCUUCACCCAAGUCGAAGCAGCGAGACUGUUAUUGUCAAAAUUACAGCACCUGUCUCUGCCACACGCGAGAGCGAUCUCAAAUUAUCCCCUACGACUCAGAGUUCGCAAAAACCACCGAAAGACUCUUGCUUGCCACAAAAGCCAACUCUUCAGUCACUGCCGCAAGAAACAUUGGUCAACAUCCUUGAUCGCCUUAGCUUCAGUGACUACCUUCAACUUUUGUACACAAGCAAAAUCAUGCGACACGCGGCACUCGACGAAUCCACAAGUCGGAAUCGGCGCAAGGUGAUGUUCAGGUCUCUCUCCGUUAGUCAAAAUACAGGGCGAGCGAACCUAAGACUUAUGUCCUUCAUUCUGCACGAACCAGAACUCGCGCCAUCCAUACGUGAGAUCAAGGUUCGAGACAAGAAAAAGGCCAAAUCAGGCUUCUCGCUCCGAGACAAAGUCACCUGCUCCAAAAUCCUUGAUGUGCAUGCAAACGGAACUCUGUUCAAAAGCAAUUUUGAAGAAGAUGACUGGACUCACUUGACGGACCUUCUGGAGGCUAUUCCCACUUUCGAAAGAUCAGAUGCUCUGUCCUGGACAGAGUACUUUGCCAACAAGCAGAGCAUCAUUGAUCACUCAUAUGAGUUCAAGUGGCUUGUUCUAUGCCUACUUCCUGGGCUUCAGAAGUUAUACUUUCACAUUAGUGACGCUGAGAGUUUCCAAAAAUUCUGCUGUAAAGUCGUGGAGCCGAAAAUGUCGGAACAUUUAAUUCAGCAACACCCGCUAGGCAUCGAAUAUCCGAUAAAGAAGGCUAGUUUGCCUCUGGGUAUGCUUAGUCAACUUACCGUGCGUGCAACGGAAGUACAGCACGAAAUGGAGAGCCUGCUAGACCUGUUGAACUUUGCUAAGUUGCCAUGUCUCUCAGAAAUACGCGUGAGAAAGAAGUUGCCGGUCGGAUCUGAUCUCGAUGCUAUAUUACAUCAAUGGCAGCUUCACAGCACUAGUCUAUGGAAUUUAACCGUUCUUUCUCCGUUUCAACAGUACAUACGCAACGUGGCUUCUUGGGCGAAAGACCAGCAGCGGAUACUGGGAUGCUUUCAACUUGAGAAGAACUUCAACACAGCGUUAGGCACAAAUAAAGACCAGCUAUUCCGUACGUACAAAGAGCUAAAAUCCCGGCUAAAGCUUAUGCCAUGGAAUGAAGAACCCUCUGGAGACGACGCCAAUUUAUCCCCGCAAGAUGACGGAACAAGAUUGCACUUUGAUUGCAUUGAUCGCAUUCACGUCCAAGGCAAUUUCAAGACUGCGUAUGUUUACCUACAAUUCAAGCCUCUGUGCCGAAGACAAGGCUUGGAUAUUCCUACACGAAAUUGUACAAUACUUGUAGGAUACAUGCCGGACAAGGAAGGUGACGGGCCCCCUAGAGUUGAGAUUACCCUGAGAUUCGCGUGCCUGGCAUGA